UUUUGUGGUGCAUCAGUUGGUCCAGAUACGCUCUGCCCGGCGUCAUGUCUCGCCUCGCGUUCGCCGUUCUUCUGGCUGUGUUUUGCGCCUCCGCCGAGCCUCACCCGUGGGGUGGGCAGCAGCAGGGUUGGGGAGGCACCCCACAGCAGAGAAGCGUCGGACGCCAGGACAGCUACGCUCAGGGCGCGAGCAGCGAACGCAGACAAGGCUAUGUGCCCUAUGGUCCGCAACAAAGGCCGGGACAAUCAUCAGGAUUUGGGCAACCGUCCAGGCUCGGUAACCAGCAGCUCCAGCCAAGUGCCAGCAAUGCUUUUGGCAGGUCAACUGGAGGAUGGCAAAAUGACCAAGGCUACGGACAAAGAUCAAAUCAGGGCGCGGGUAUCGGAAAGUCCAACCGAGGUGGCCAAGAGCAGGGUUGGGGUCAGCAGAGUCAGCAGCGAUCAAACCAGUGGGCAGAUUCUAUUACCAACAAGAACUAUGGCCAACAAGGCCGGUCUGCUGAGGGUCCCAUCCAGUCCAGAGGCUCUGGCAACUACGAGAGGAAGGGAUACAAGUGGAUGACCGACGCAGCCAACGUCGAGCACUACUUUGAUGUUCCCCGCCGAUACUAAAUAAAAAUUACUUUUCCUAUUUCUCUAA